AUGGUCCUCCUAACGUCCUCGACAGUUUCUGUGAUCGUCACGUCAAGUGUGAUCUGCAUGUCCACAUUCCUCCUCUUCCUGUCUGGCUAUGCGCUUCAGCAGCACUCGGUACGGAACAUACAAAAGGCCAUACGGGCACCCAUACCGACGCCCACGCCGCGAGCGAUACUAAGACGAGACGCAACAUAUGAGACAUUUAAUUCAGACGAUGAGAGCGGCAGGGCGUUUGGGAGCAACAUCAACAACAUCGAACAGGAGGUGCUGUCGGAGGAAUUGACCGGCGCAGGAUCGCCAGGCAAUUAUGCUUAUCUGCAGCUUCUCUCCACGCCGGAUCCGUCUGACAUCUGCUCCGCGAUUUUGUUCUUCAAGAAGCUAGCUGCUGGUAAUUCAGCUGUCCAGGACCGUCUGUUCCUGUAUCCGCAGGAAUGGGACCUUGUGUCGUCUCAGGAUGAGGACGUCUCCACGGCACUUUCGCUCUUGCAUGCCGCCAGCAGAAAAUACGACAUCUGGCUCCUACCCAUCGACACGACGAUAGUGGCGCAACAGGGAUACAAGCUGACAGACUCGAAGCUGCUGCGCCUGGGCCAGAUCCAGUUCAUGCAGUACGACAGCGUGCUGUAUCUGCGCACACCGGGCCUGUUGCUGGACGCGCAGAAACUGGACAAGAUGCUGCUCUCGCGGCCUCUCCCGCUGAAAUACGACAAGAACCGACCAGAGUCGUUCAACAAUGAAGCCUGGAUCCCCAUGCCUCUGCGCGCGGAACGAGACCCGACCUUACCUCCCGUCUACCUCAUCACGGUGAACAACGUCCGCGAUCACGUCGAAGCCCGCACGCAUAUCCCGAACGUGGCACUGCGCGGCUUCGGCGAUUUGGUGGUCGGACCAGAUUUUCAAGACCGCGGUGACGAUGGCCCUGCGUACGUGUUUUUCGAAAAGGACGACGAGGGUCACGUCCGAUGGGAGAACAAUCGCUGGUUCGGCCAGUGGAGGAAAGAGCAGUACGAAGUGUGCGAGGGUCUAGACUUGGAUAGGGUUUGA